UACUUGUAUUUUUGUAGUCAAGCAUAUAAACAUUGAUAAACGUUGAAUCAAGCAACACACAACCAUCAGGAUGGGACGACGCUCCAUAAACACCACUAAAAGUGGCAAAUAUAUGAAUCCAACAGACCAAGCCCGCAAGGAGGCGCGCAAAAAGGAGCUAAAAAAGAACAAGCGACAGCGCCAAAUGGUUCGGGCUGCCGUAUUGAAGAACAAAGAUCCCUCACAGAUUCUCGAAGAGAUGGAGAAGAUAGACGAGAUGGAGUAUAAUGUGCUGCAGCCAUCGCCACUUAACGAAAAAGUGCUGCGCGACAAGCGCAAGAAGCUUAAAGAAACCUUCGAUCGCGUCAUGCGACUCUAUCAUAACGAUGAGCCCGAACACUGGGUAGAACUGAAGCGCAAGGAGGUUGACUACGAGAAGAAGCGCCUGAAAAAGCAGCAGUAUUAUGAGAGCGUGAAGCAUGCCCAGAGCGUACAGAUUGAUGAGAUACCACUGCCAGCGCCGGUGACAGCAGCGAAUGCCAGUUCAACCGGUGGAAAUACAGCCAAUAGUGCCAAUAAUAGCAAUAGUACCAGCAGCAACAGCAACAUCGUCUUUCCAUCUAGCGGCAUCCGUAUGCCACCGCCGCCCAUAACGCUAGCUUUGCUGCCAUUUGCACCUGGUGCACCGCCAGGUGUAACCAAAAAUAGUGAAGGUAGCGGCGGCAACGGUGAUGUACAGACGGAAAAAGCCAAGGAUGAUGAUGACAAGGAUUGGCUGGGUGUGCCGCCAGGUCCACCACCAGAUCUGUUUGCCAUGUCUGAGCUUAACUCGGAUGCCGAAGGCAACAGCGACUACGAAGGCGAUGAGUCGACGGUCACAAGUCCCAAGCUGCAGCAGCGCAUGCAGAACAUCGACGACUUCAUGAAGGAAAUGGAGCAUGUGCACAAGCGUAAGCAUCGCAAACUACAGAGCGACACGGAGCACGACAAGGAACAGCAAUCGGAUGACCCAGAUGACAGACAUGAUAGCGCCUCAGACAGCAAAUCACCUCCAAGCCGCCGUCGUGCCAGCAGCCACAGUAGCAGCAGCAUUACCAGUGACGACGAAGACAACGACGAUGACGACGAUGCGGAUGAUGACAUGGGCUCCGAUGGCGAUGAAAAACCGUCACCAAUCAUUACAACCAAAGAGACAACAGCUAAGGCAAUGCCAGUUCCGCCGGGAACGACAUCGGUGCCCGCACCGCCGACGGCGCCAACAAUGCCUGCCAUACCGUUACCGCCAAGUGCGCCAGCGCCGCCGCAGCUGCCGCAAUUGCCGCAUAUGCGAGGCAUUGCGCCGCCGCCAAGUGUAAUGUUUAGACCGCCACCCAUGCGACCACCUGGACCGGGUCUACCUGGCUUUGGCCUGCGUAUGCCGCCUGGUCCACCGCCAGGCUCACGACCACCACAUGUUCUUGGGCCAAUGCCGCGUAUGGGCAUACGGAUGCCUCCUGGGCCGCCACCUGGAUUACCGCCACGUAUGGGUGGUCAUCAUGUCAAGCACGGCAACGUGAGUGCGCCGCCACUCAAAGAACCGGGCAAAGGUGUCACCACAAUUACGGCAAAGCCACAAAUAAGGAAUCUAAGCGCAGACGUUACGCGAUUUGUACCCUCUACGUUGAGGGUAAAGCGCGAGGAUCAGCGACGAACGGCGAGGACCAAGCAUUUGGCAGGCGCGCAUGAUGCUCAUGGGGGUGACCGGGGCGUCCAUGCGCCGCCGGAAGCGCACAAGCCACCCACUAAAGACGAUGCCUACCUGCAGUUCAUGAACGAAAUGCAGGGUCUGUUGUAGCACAGAAGCUACUUUCAAAUUGUGGCCUAAUUUGAUGAUCGUACAUUAAUCGCAUAGCUUAGAUUCGGUUAGCUUAAAAUUAGAAAUUCACCAAUGCAAAUUAACCAAUAUUGAUCUGGUCAAAAGUCAUACAGUUUGCGUCGGCUUCAAAGUAUAAAAAACUACCAAACAAGAGAGAACGCUGCAGUCGGGCGUAACCGACUGCGAAAUACUUUGAUACCAUACGUAAUUGAAGCUGAUAACCGGUGGCAAAGAACAGGGCGGGUGUACCCAAUAAAUACUGUCCAAGUUUGCGAUAACGUAAUGUUUCUCCGAAGUUUAAGUGAUAUGGUCAUUUAAAAUUUUUACGGGUUGGGGCCUGGGGUCGGCGGUGGUGGGCAUGGCAUAUGCCGAUCUUGAAGGACAUCGCCAACAACCUACCAACCAAAUUUGGUAACUUUAGCCUUAAAGUUCUGGGAGAUAUGUAUGUGGCUUUAUAGAUUUGCGAAAAUCGAUUUUAUCGAUUUUCAAGCCCCUAAUGGACGUAGCAGUCAAAUUUGUACACUUUGUUUCAAGUCCCUAUCUCUAAGGGUGUCGAAAAAAGAUGCGUUCAUAGAGACGGACAGACAGACGGUCAGCAUGACGGGCAUUUCCCAAAACAAAAACACCGUCGGUAUCAAAGUAUAAAAAACCUAGUGUGUAAGAACUCUUCAGACUGCAGUGCCGAAGAUAUUUAUGAAUGCAUGUACAAGAAUAUAUUUCAUUGAAAUGUA